UAUUUGGGUACUUCUGCUUGCAGUAAAUUCCAUCACAUACAUGGUUUAAUUUCUGAGAAUUUAUUUUGCUGUUUGCAGCAGACAGCACAUCCAUUCUCCUUUAUGGAAAACUGUGUUUAUUUAAAGACACUGUUUGUCUUUUACUAGCAACUACUGUUUCUUACAAAAAAAAGGACUCCAUAACAAAACCACCUGUCCAGUAACAAAUAAGAAAAGGAGAAAUUGUAUUUUGAACAAGUAUAACUCCUGAACAUACCUAAAGAGCAACAUUGGCUUAGAAUUGAGAAGUGCAUGUCCACCUGCACUCACUUUCUGAACUCUUAGCUAUAGCAGUAGCAGCAGGUCAUACCCUGACUCUUGCUGACCAUCCCAACAGAAAAAAAAAACCAAACAAAACCCACUGUUAAUCAUUCACUUUAUGCUCCCCAGUUCCCACAGGAGUUUGUCAAAUGUCAGACCUCUCCCACUGACAAUUCUUCCGGAAACAGAGCUCUGUAUAUGAGAAUAAAUAGAUGUCUUGUUAUAGUGGUCAGAAAGGGAGAAUAUGAAAGAACGAACAUAUGCACAGGCUGCAAAAUGAGCAUCUUUGCUGAAGCUGUGCAGUGAAAGGCCCUUGCAUCUCACUACUUGCAGAGUCAGAUGUCUCCUGUAACCUUAUCCUAACACACAGAGAACAGCCCAGUUUCCACACUAGGCCCUUUAUAAACAUUUCUGCCCUUACACAAAGAGAUGCCUUUUAUAUGGGAGGUAGCUAUUACCAGGUGAAUUUUAGUGCUGCCAAGCUGCUCUCUAGGGGAACCAAACCCAGUAGGCACUUAUUGACCUGGCCUCAGUAGCAUCAAAUUACCACCUUUUUUACCAUUAGCAGUAUGUCUUCAGAUAAUCCUCUCUAAUAGUAAAUAUUUGUCUAUAUCUUUUCUGGAACAAGGUGUAGAAACAAGUAGAGUACAACAAUUCCUUCACGAGUGUCAAGACUAGAUUAUUGCCUGGAAGUACCUCAUAAAUAACGUUCCCAGACCAGCAGGAGUGUAGCUUCCAGUUUCACUGUUAUCUAGUUAAGGAAAAUAUGAACUGCUUCCACCAGGUGUCGGCCCACACACAAGGCCUGUCCCAGGAACAUGCCUGGCCUCAGCACAAGCUGCACAGAUGAUUGACAUCAUCUCACUAACCCCCUCCCUCUCAUUUUCCCUCUCUCUUUGCCUGUAGUUAUUUUUAGAUUUCAUGGGUUAAAGCUUGUCCCUUCUGGACACUUACACGCACAGGGCAGGCACACACACAUGCUGUAGAUACUACAACUCAGACACGGGACUUAGCCAACAGAUCAUCUUGUCCCACAUCAAGGAAUAAAGUCCAAUUUCUUAUGACAAACUACUAUCCAUCGAGAAGAUGAAAAGUCACAUGGAAUUUUCUGGUUUGCGGAUUUGACUAGAAGACUUUCAACAGAUAGAAAAGACGGUUUAUAUAGCAACUUCCUCUUUUCUGAAAUUUCCUUCCAGUUUGCAAGAUCUUGCUUGCUUUCAACAUUUGCUUUACGCCUGAUUCCCAUGCCGUCCGCCAUAAAUGCAGCGGUGGCUCAGCAAACAGCUGCGGGGUCGAUUCCCAGCCCGACUUUCAGCACCACAACCGAAGGGGCAGGUGGGGGCACAGGGGGGAUUUAUUCCGCCAUUAUAAGUCGCAACCAGCCCAUUAUCAGCGUAAAGGAGAAGACCUAUGAAGAGCUUCACAAGAAGUGCCUGGAGAAGAACAUUCUCUAUGAAGACCCCGAUUUUCCACCAAAUGACUCCUCCCUCUUCUAUAGCCAGAAAAGCCCUGUCAAGUUCGAAUGGAAAAGACCUUAUGAAAUCUGUGAGAAUCCACGGUUUAUUAUCGGUGGAGCCAACAGAACAGAUAUCUGCCAAGGAGAAUUAGGUAACUGCUGGUUUCUGGCUGCCAUUGCUUGCCUGACACUGAAUAAAAAACUACUCUGUAGAGUCAUACCUCAUGACCAGUCCUUUAUACAAAACUAUGCUGGCAUCUUUCACUUCCAGUUCUGGCGCUAUGGAGACUGGGUGGACGUCGUCAUCGAUGACCGCUUACCCACGUACAACAACCAUCUGGUCUUUACCAAAUCCUCCCAGCGCAACGAAUUCUGGAGUGCCCUCCUGGAAAAGGCCUAUGCAAAAGUCCAUGGGUCAUACGAAGCUUUGAAGGGAGGCAACACCACCGAAGCCAUGGAGGACUUCACUGGAGGGGUCACUGAGUUCUACGAAAUAAAGGAUGCCCCUAAAGAUAUUUAUAAAAUCAUGAAACAUGCCAUUGACAGAGGAUCCCUCAUGGCCAGCUCCAUUGAUGAUAACCUGGGCUUUUCCUAUGGAUCAGCUCCUCGGAGCGACAUUGGGGAACUCAUUGCUCGCAUGGUGAAGAAUCUAGAAAACGCACAGAUGGCUCAUUCCACUGCAGACUACCAGGGGAUAGAUGAGAGGCCAGCCUGGACCAUAGUGCCAAUGCAGUAUGAAACCCGGAUGUCUUGCGGGCUCGUCAAAGGUCAUGCCUACUCUGUGACAGCUCUGGACGAGACAGUAUUUAAAGGGGAAAAAUUGCGUCUGGUACGGCUGAGAAACCCCUGGGGACAGGUCGAAUGGAACGGACCUUGGAGCGACAAGUCAGAGGAGUGGAACUCUGUUAACGAAGCAGAAAAGAUCCGCCUGCAGCACAAGGUUGUGGAGGAUGGGGAGUUCUGGAUGCCAUUUCAAGAUUUCUUGAGGCACUUCACAAAGCUUGAGAUCUGUAACCUCACACCAGAUACCCUGGAAAAGGAUAAAUUCCAAACCUGGACUGUAUCAGUCAAUGAAGGGCGCUGGGUGAGAGGCUGCUCAGCUGGAGGUUGCCGCAAUUAUCCAGAUACAUUUUGGACCAAUCCCCAGUAUCGCUUGAAGCUCCUGGAGGAAGAUGAUGAUCCUGAGGAUGAAGAGGUUAUCUGCAGCUUCCUUGUUGCACUGAUGCAGAAAAACAGGAGGAAAGAGCGCAAGCUGGGAGCCAACCUGUACACCAUUGGCUUUGCCAUCUAUGAGGUGCCCAAAGAGAUGCAUGGUACUAAGCACCACCUGCAGAAGGAUUUUUUCCUCUACAAUGCCUCCAAAGCCAGAAGUAAGACCUACAUAAAUAUGCGAGAAAUCUCUGAGCGCUUCCGGUUACCUCCCAGUGAGUACGUCAUCAUCCCAUCUACAUACGAACCCCACCAGGAGGGAGAAUUCAUCCUGAGGGUCUUCUCAGAGAAAAGAAGUCUUUCAGAGGAGGUUGAAAACAUGAUUGAAGCAGAGCGUCCACUGAAGAAAAAGGGCAAGCCUAUCAUCUUUGUUUCCGACAGAGCGAACAGCAAUAAGGAGCUGAGAGCAGAUGAAGAUGCUGGCAAAGAUGGUGAAAAAAACAAAGAGAUGAGAAAAAGGUUUCUGCAGCAAAAACGUUCUUCAGCAAAACGUCAUGAGGAGAGUGAAGAGCAAAAACAGUUCAGGAAUAUUUUCCGACAGAUUGCAGGGGAUGACAUGGAGAUCAAUGCUGAAGAACUUAGGAAUGUUCUCAAUAACGUCGUAAAAAAACAUAAGGACCUAAGGUCAGAAGGCUUUGAAUUGGAAUCCUGCCGCAGCAUGAUUGCAUUAAUGGAUACAGAUGUCGGGAAGAUAAACUUUGAUGAAUUUCAACAUCUCUGGGACAAGAUUAAAAGCUGGCAGAAAAUUUUCAAGCGUUAUGACACGGAUCAUUCAGGAACCAUUAACAGCUACGAGAUGCGCAAUGCAGUCAAGGAUGCAGGGUUUCGGCUGAACAACCAGCUCUACGACAUCAUCACCAUGCGCUAUGCAGACAAGAACAUGAACAUUGACUUUGACAGCUUCAUCUGCUGCUUCGUGCGCCUGGACGCCAUGUUCAGGGCAUUCCACGCCUUUGAUAAAGACGGAGAUGGCAUUAUUAAGCUCAAUGUCCUGGAGUGGCUGCAGCUCACGAUGUACGCAUAACACCGGAGCCAGUGGUCACCUUCAUCAAGAACACGCUCAAGACUUCUGAGUAAUGAGCACCAUUCAUCUCAAGGGCAAACAGGAGCACUUCCUAAUGAUGGGAUUCGCUCGCCACGAUAAACAGUGCAUGGGAAUAAGCGCUUGGAAAAAGAGACAGCCAUGCACUAGCAGGCACAACAGCGUGCUCAUUCUGUAACUACUUCUAUAGCAUCCCGACAUUUUUCUUUUGGGCAACAAGGAUUAAUUUAUUGAUGACUGAAUUAAGCUUUCUCUGCAUGGUAAAUACAUGGAGCAUACACUGUUAUUCUGCUUGUGCUGACAACUAGAAAGGUUUUCCCUCAAGACAGGUGAAACUGGAGCUGUAUCUAACUAUGAAAGUCAGAGGUGUUUACUGCCACCUUGUAAUUAGUCAGUCUCUGUGCUCUGCUUUUGGUAUUAUCCUUUCAGUCUCUUUCUAACAUGUACUGAAUAUUUCACAUGAGAUUAUGCUAAUUACAUUAUUAGUAUGCAUCCUAAUCACACUGUUACAGAUGAGGCUGUGCCAGCUGCAUCUCUGCUAUGCUAAAAAUGUGACAGUAAGAAUGACAGACUGCAAUAUCAUAGUACAGCUCGAUCUAAUGCCUCAGCAAAACUAUCAGAACAGAGAAAUUUGCUCUCAUUUUUAGUACCCCCAGGAGACAUUAAUUACACAUUUGGACAUUCUAAGUGUUUUUCAUUGUAACUGCAUUCUCCAUAACUUUGAGAAACUUGUUUCCCAUUCAAGGUAGAAAAACCUCUUAUACAUACAAAUCUAUUUAUCUACACACACAUACACACAUUUCCCCCAGCCCUCAGUGUCCUAUUUCCCAAGAGUACUCUGUGUUUCUUUAUUUAAAAGAGGUGAUUUGUUGCAGAAUCAGAUACAAUAUCAGCAUGAUCACUUUGAAAAUAUUAUUACAAUGUGCAAGUGGAAUUACUUUAAUUGAACCAAAAAUAAAAACAACUGGAUUUUGGCCUAAGGUUUUUUGGUUGUAUUUUGAAAGAAGAGAUGAAGAUGAAACAUUGAACACUCUUCCAUCAUUCUCCUGAAUAUACAGCAGCUUUUUGAGUUUUAUGGCAAGUGUGAAAUCAGCUUAAUAUCUCAAACACUUGCCAGUUUAAUCCUUGAAAGCAUUAAAAAAAAAAAAAGAAAAGGCAAGCAUUUGAAAAGUUGAGAAGUUCCCAUGUUACCAGCUUAAAGGAUGACAGGCUUUCAGAAGUGGCCAACUUUUUUUCAAUAAAAAAAAAAUUGAAGAAAAACCAAAACGUGCAAAAGGGACCACAUUUUGUCAGAAGAACCUUCUACUUAGUUGUCUAGUGGUGAAAAGUAGCAAAGCAAUUGACUAAAGCAAAAUUUUAAAAACAAAUCAUAGCAUCCACUCAGAGUUAUUCUGUUGAGUAGCACGUUAACUGAAAGGUCACUAAAACAAAAAAUGUUUUGACUAUAAAGUUCUUAAUGUUGUCUUGCACUGUAACGUACUCUGAAAGAGUAAGAAAAUCCUAUCGUUUUCUAAAGACCAGUUUUAUUCUCCUUUAAAUUCUACUUUUGUUUCAACCCAAAUAAUUUUUAAGAUGACUGGAACACUUGGAGCCCUGGCUUCCAGCCAUGCAUUAUCUCCACUAAGCUACUAUUACAAAAAGGAUGGCAGAGAUGCUCUGAGUUGGGAUGGUCAGAGAAAAACCAAAAUCUAUCAGUCAAUAGAUCAAAAUCAGGAUUUUUAAUUGGCAAUUCAAAUCUGGUCCUUAAAGUCCUGGUGAGUGAACUACCAAAUUUCCUUGCAUCUGGCCAUGAAGCAAGGCAGUCAGUACAUCAUGGAGGCACCAGCUGGGUGGACUGUUUCCAUUUCCCUGCCAAAUGACCAGGUCUGAGAUUCCUGCACACUCACAGCAUUCCUGCCAGUGCUGGAGCUUCAAAGUCACCUGUCUGAUUUUAUCCAGACCUCUUAAAAUGGGAAAAAAAUCCAGAACAAAGUCAAGUUCUACUAAAUCCUAUGAAAGAAUCAUUCUAUUUAAAAUAAAUGAGAAUCAGACUGACAAACCACAACAAUAUAAAGAACUUU